AAGUGGCGCAAUAGAUCAAGUGCAAAUUGUCGCUCCAGCGACGAAGAAGAUCGUGAUGCCGCCGACUACUUCCUUUGUUCUUGGUGCGUCCUUCCUGCUCAAGAUGGCGACGACUGUCGCGGUGGCAGACGACGCGCCCCACUGCGUUGCAUUGAAUCAGACGUACCAGACAAAGUUGGCAACCUGUCGGAACGAGUCGCCGACAAACUACUUGAGUGGGCGAACGUGGUGCGCCGUGCCAUCCUGUGCAGAUGCAAUCAAAGCCGCGGCACACCGAAAAGCUGAAGGGUGUGACAUCGAAUUGACAAGCUUGCCGCUAUCGUAUUGCACAGACCAGUGCCUGAAGGACCUCGAAGGGUACCAACGGCUCUACGGUUCGUGCAGCGAAGCAAACACCACGUUCCUUGUAGAAAAUUGCGUCAUGUGCCAGCGGAUGUUUCCUCAGUAUGCGUCGUUCCAGGAGUCAUGCCGAGUUGUGGCCACCUCGAACGACUCAUACGUUGCCAAUUUUUACAACGUCCUUGGCACCCAGUUCGACUAUUGCUUGAGGCAAUUCCCCACCGCCGGUUUAACGUUUCCAAGUCCCCGCAUUCCUGACCAGUCGUCGUCCAACAUCCCGGUCGGUUGGAUAGUCGGAGUGAUCGUUGUCGGUGCAGUAGUUGUCGCCGUGUCGGGAACUUUCAUCUACCGCCGCAAACGCCGCGGCAGUCCAGCUAGUUGCCAGCGCGAUACGUUGACAGUGACGACGUUGUCGAGAUGCCAGCCGUCCCACUCGCCCGCGAACGACGACGGACGACGGACAACGGCCGCAACACAGCCAUCGUUCCACGCCGCCGCCCAUCCAGACAUUCGUUUCGACCCAUACAUGAUUCGACACCGCAUUCCGCAGCAAGACAUUGUCCACGCGGCGUUGAUUGCGUCGGGGGGCUUUGGUGUUGUGUAUCGAGCGGCGGUAUUCGGUCGAGACGUUGCCAUGAAGCAAUUGGUGCCGUCGAAAGCGAAAGAUGCCAAGGCGGCAGCAGACUUUAUGCGAGAGAUUCGUCUGUGCGCUCGGCUCGACCACCCGAACAUUGUCCGAUUUGUCGGUGUGUCAUGGUCGACCCUGGUGGACAUGGCGGUCUUGACGGAAUACAUGCCACACGGAGAUGUCCGCCAACUGCUGGAAACGGAUCGGCAACACGUUGCAGCGAGGCAAUUCCAGUGGGUGUGGCCAGCAGCCGUGUGUCCAUCCAGAGUUCACACGACAAAGGCCAAAGUCGCGAGGGACGUCGCGAUGGCGCUGCGUUAUUUACAUGGGCUGGACCCUCCGAUCAUUCACCGCGACGUGAAAGCGAAAAAUGUUUUGCUCAGCAGCACGUACGAAGCCAAGUUGAGCGACUUUGGCAUUUCGCGAAUAAUCACGACGGUCGAUGAAACCAUGACGAGCAAUGUCGGCACGGUGGCAUGGAUUGCCCCCGAGAUCUUGUGUGGAGCGAGAUACUCGACCAAGGCAGACAUGUACAGCUUUGGUGCGUUGCUCUCGGAAAUGGAUACAAUGGAGACGCCGUAUUCGACCUCUGGCCACUCGGGUGAUGGCUUUUCGAAUGCGCGCAUCGCCCUGCUCGUGAGUCAAGGGCAACUCCAACCAGCCUUUACGAACGCGAUGCCUCGACCAUUACUCGAGAUGGCGCAACAGUGUCUGUCCUUUCGGGACGAAGCACGACCGUCGGCCGACGACGUUAUCCAAGUCCUCGAAUCGUAUCUCCAACACCCUGCCUAAGGCAAAAAUUUCCAACAGUUGACCGCGGGGACGGACGGGCGAGUUGUAAAUGGACUUGGAUGACACGGCGACCGCUUUCGUCGUCGUUGUGGCGUACGACAGGAGCUAUCGACGAAACACACCAACUUGUCGCUAGUCACGUAGUGGGGCCGCGGCAAUAUCAAGUGAAAGGGCUCCAUGAGCAACGGUGGAACGGCGCUUGGACCGAUCCAUCCUGACGGUUUGCUUACGGGGGAAUGCUGCACCACAUGACCACCGAGGCACCAUCGCUUGGUACACAAAGUCGUGUGGUUUCUCGAACGACAUGUCGUUGACAAGCUGCACUUGCGACGAGUGGUGUGCACUCGUUCCACGUGGAGAGUGCAUCCCCCGACAGGCAACGCAUCGAGGUUUGUCGAUAUGGCGACCUCGAUAUUCGCGCGGACAAGUGUUUCACCGCCGCUAUGAGACCCAUACCUCCGACCCAUUCUUCAUCUGGGACGACGACUGUUUGACGCCAAGGUGUCGCACGUUCCGAUGCUUGAAUACGACAUGGGAGCGCCUAUGUGGACGUGCCUCGUUGUCGAUCUGUCGAGUCAUGCAGAGGCAACGUCCGCGAUUCGUCUUCAUGCGUGGAGCUCGAGUUUUGGUGUCGACUCGAUGACAUCCAACUUGGUGCAACGAACACCUGCAAUUCACGACGGUGCCAUGACGGCAAGUCCAAGGUAUUCGUUGUGGUGGGAGGAGCGCGCGUGGAGGAAUCGUUUGUCGAGCCGACAUGGACGUCCGCCAUGCCUGGAAGAGCAAGUUGGUCGACGCGUUGAUCGAGUGGCAAAAAAAAAACACCAUGUCAGCAUAACGACGACGGCGCUGACGUGGUGGCACGAAACGAGUACGUCGCGGCCGUCCUUCAUGCUCGGCAUGCGACGGGCUCUGCCUGGGGCGGACUGCGGCGAUUGUACCUAUCACGUGCAGCAAACGCAGGGCACACGCGGAGCACGUCAAGGGUGUCGUUCCGAUUCGUUGGACGGGAUCGCGCCAAGGGCAAAAGCAUCGGUGGCACGUGGCGAAUACGAUGCUGCUUGACACGUACACAAGCGAUCAUACUGCGAUGACCCAACCAACGGAACGACGACUUGAGGU